AUGACCGACGGAAACAACAAAAUCUCAUCGGAAAAUAACGAAGAGGGAGGAUCUGCACCGAAACGUCAAAGAAUUGAAACAGAGAAUGCCGAGAACAAUGCAAAUGAUCAACAUCCAUUGACGCUUCGAAUGAUGUGCAAUACAUGUCAAGAAGUGUUGGAAAAACAGAAAAAUAUCGAACAUUUUAACACAGAAAUCGUCGAUGAGUUGCGCUCCGUCAAAAGCGAGCUUAAGCUCGAGCUUCAAUUGAUUCGAGACGAUUUGAAACCAAAAACAGUGGUAGCAGCAGUUCCGAUGAAAGCCGAUAGCAAGGAUACAACUGCUUGGAACUCUGAAAACAAGAGUGCUACCAUGACGACUACUGGAAAAUACUUCGUGCUAAAACAUGUCUUUAAGAAUGUCUCGAAUAUGAAGGAAGAUGAAUAUCGGUUGUCAGAAGCGGAAGAACACUUUGGAAUUGAAUGGAGAAUGGGUGUGCGCCGAACGAAAGAACAUCUUCAUUUUUAUUUGCACUGUCCGAAAUCGAUGGGCACUGUGAAUUGGACAAUCGAAACUCAGCGAAAACAUGUACUAGUUUCGAAUCGAGUGGAAAACAAAGUGAAAAAAGGCAAACAAAUAUUUAACAACAAAACUCCCGCGUGGGGAUGUGAAAAAUUUAUCAAAUGGGCGGAAAUGGAAAAAGACUAUCUUGUGGAUGGCCGAUUGACAGCUGAAAUUCACAUAAAAAUCAAGAAAACAACUGGUAUUUACAAAGAUAAUCUGAGAAGUUUCGACGAGACAAUGGAAGAAUUCUCAGAUGUUGUACUUGUUGUCAAUGAAGAGAAAUUUUAUGUUCUAAAAUUGUAUUUGGCUGCUCACUCACCAUAUUUCAAAGCCUUGUUUUUGGGAAAUUUCAACGAUUCGAAGAAAUCGGAAAUCAAAUUGACUGGAAUCGACGCAGAUGAUUUCCAGAACUACCUCGAACUGCUUUAUGGGGAACAUCCGAUUGAUGAAUACACUUGCGAAGGACUUCUUCUGGUAGCUGACAUGCUAGAUACUCCACUGGUAAUCCGCAAAUGCGAGCAGUUUCUACUCAAGGAAUCAAAGAAAACGUUGAAGAAGAAGUUAGAAUUGUCUACUCGAUUCUGUUUGGAAGCACUCAAGAAGAAAUGCCUCGCUGAAAUCAAAUCGAUUGGCGAUCUUCAAGCUGUUCUGCCAGGGAAUGUGCAAGAUUUGGACAAAUCUAUAAUGGGCGAACUUCUUGAAAAAUCCAUUUCACUUCAUAAUUGA